AUGCGAGCUUCAUUCAUUCCGGUUUUAGUGGCAGCUGGUGCAGCUCUGGUGGAGUCUAAAUGCAACAAAGUGUGUGUUGUGGAUGACUGUCUUGGAAUCCUGAAAUCCUCGGAGGUUGAGGCUCGCGCCAGCCCUUUCUGCUCGGCAUGGCUGCAACCAAAGGUUACGAAAUCCGUCACUGCUACCGAGACCUCGUCGGGGACAGUCACGAAGUCCCUAGAGGCGUCUACGGAGACAUCCACCAUCCGUCAAACCAGCGUGACUAGCAUCAUCAACACUUUCACGUCCUACUCGCCUGAGCCCACAGUGACGGUCACUAGCACGUCAACCUCGUACGAGGAUGUUCAGACAAUUGCUCCUGGGCAGGCUUUGAAAAGGAGAUCUGGGCUGGGCGAAUUCCCUGGUCUCGAGGCUUUUGGUGACGCCAAGAUCAGCUCGGCGUGUUCAUGCAUCGUUUCGAUUCCCUCGCCGACGACAACCGUUACUCAGACUGUUGCAACAACCACGGCCGUUGUCCUGGCCACUUAUACCGCCUCUGCCUCGGAAGUCGUUGUCUCUGUGACGGAGACUGUUGUGGCUACCACCGAGAUUGACACCACAGUUGUGUCGCCCGCGACAAGCACGGCGACGGCUACCGUUGUAGACAUCGAGCCCAUGGUCUCAAGCUCGGCCUGUUCUGCAUGUAAUCCCGGCCCUGGCCUUACUCGGUCUAUCCUACGCAUCGAGGGCGCGACCGAUACCAUCUAUGAGGGCUGCAUAUACUCGGGUCCCUGCACGGUAACAACACCUAGCGGCGGUCAGCACCUCUGUGACAGCACGAACAACGGAGCCAACCCCAGCCCUAACGACACACCAACCUGCGACAUCAAGACUGCGGGCGAUACUUGCGGCUUUGGCUUUGAUGGCACCUGGAGCUCAUCCUUCCAGGAUUACUUCAUUACCAGCAUCGGUACAACGACUCAGACGGGCUCUCAGUUCUGGGGUCUCUUGCAAAACUAUCAGUUCACGCCAGUUGGUGGAUGCCAGUUUGCCGUCUCGGUGGGGGAUGAGAUCCUGUGGGCGUAUGAUGCAUUCAACAAGAACUAUUUCCUCAAGACUACUGCUAGUGCGACGGAGACAACCGUGGGCAGUCCUGUAACGGUCACUGUGGUUGACGGAAUGACAGGCUCAAUAGUGCCUGGCGCCCAGAUAGCCAAUGUGGUCACUGACACGAACGGCCAGGCGACGCUGCUGUUUACCAGGAAGGGGACUUUCAGCUUGAAGGCUACGAGGGCGGACUCCAUCAGAAGUAAUGCUGUCAUUAUCACUGUAAAAUAG